AUGGGGGAUUAUGCAGCUGGGGAAAGUUGGAGAUGGUUGAGAGUUUUUGGCAGUCAUGUUGGCCAGUUGAGUCCAUUGAGAAGAGGCAUAAUGAAGAAGAAAUAUGAGGUUGAGAGUUGUGCUGAACUAGUAACUGAGUGUGUAUUCUCCAACUUCACUGUUUUGCUAACUGAGGAUCCUAUUGAGGAACCUGAUGAAGUCAACCUAGGAGUAAUAUAUGGACAAGAUAAAGCUAAAUCAUCUAUGGAAAAAAGCAACAACAAAGAAGAAGAUGAUGAUGAGAAACAAAUAGACUUGGAUGACCAGUUCUACUUUCCGGCUGAAAAAGAAGAAAUUGAUUUAUCCAAACACAUACGGGACAUCAUGCAUGUAGAGAUAACAAUAACCGUAAUAUGUAAUGUGAAUUGCAAAGGUUUCUGUCUCAUAUGUGGCGCAAAUCUUAAUAAGAGAGAAUGCAAUUGCAGCAAAGAAGUUGUGAAGGAAAAUGACAGAGAACAUGGACCUCUCAAGGGUCUGAGAAAGUAA